AUGUCUUCCGGCAAAGGCGCCAUCGUCGACCUCACGUCCUCGCCCUGGUCUUCUCGACAUUCUACCGCGCGUAGCGGUCCUGCCACUGUGUCGACUGUCGAGCUGGCUAAUCCGUCGCCGGACCUUGCCGGCGUGCGGGCCUCGCUGAGUGCGCUGCAGCUGUCCAUUGACCAGGUCGAGGCAUUGCGCGAGCUUCGCUCGGAUCAUUUCGACAACUCUUGUGAGCUCGAGACCUGCCGCCUUCGGUAUCGCGAUUUGAAGCUCCGCUACAACGAAGCAGUGUCAGAGUUCCAAGAUCGGACCUCCACCUUGGAGGCACAGCUGGCUGCCGCCUCUUCCUUUGGUGUGAUCGUCCCGCCCGAAACAGCUCGUCGCAUAGCGGAUCUGGAGUCCCAGCUCGCGCGGUCUCAAUCUGAUUUACAAGUCGCGCGCGAUCGCCAGUCUGCCCUCGCUUCGGAGCUUCGCGAAUCAGCUACGUCCCACAAGGCUGCUCAGGCCGAGGUAGUUCGCCUCGAAGCCGCGAUCAAGCACAAGACCCGUCGCCUCCUUACCUUGAGUGACAACUACGAGCGUCGCUUGAGGGUUGCCGACACCACGAUCGCCACGCAUUCCACCGAGCUUAAUCGCGUGCAGGAUCAGGUAUCGACAUUGGAUCGGGAUCUCCAGAAAGCUUCCCAGCGUGUCCAAGCGGCGAUCUCUCAGCGCGAUCAAGCCAUGGCAGAGCGUACCGCUACCCAGGAUCGUGUCUCAGCUCGAGAUACUAUCGCCCGACUGGAAAAACGGAUUAACCAAGUCAAGAAGUCUCAGAAGCUGCACCAGGAUUUCGAACUCGCGCUUGCCACACUUCGGCAGGAGAGAGACAGUCUGGUGGUCCAACGAGCUGAAUUGCUUGGCCAGCUUGGCGAGCGUUUCAUGGAGUCUACUCGCGUCCCCAAGGCCGCUCGAUCGACGCCAGGUCCAUUCCCGGCUGCCGCCUUGACUCAGGGCCCAGCGUCUAGGUCUUCGAUCGAGGUAUUGUCUGCCGUGGCCGCCGGCCAGAAGUCUGAGGGGCCGGUGCCAUCUCCUUCAUUCACUGGUCCCCAUGAUCAUCUUCCUCGAUCUGCUCGGUCGACCACCAAGGGUGGCAGCGGAGGCGCUUCGUCUUCCCCUGCAGCUUCCGAGGUGGGCGCGCAUUCCGACGGUGGCGAAAGCUAUUCCGGCAAAUUCAGUUCUAUUCGCGUCUUUGACUCGGACGCCGUGGGAAGCGACAGUGGUUCUCCGGAGUUGAGUCGCGGUAGGAACCAGUUUGGAAUGCCAUCCGGUCCUCUAUCGGACGCGGAACUGGCGGAUUUACCGCGUACCACAGUUCCCCGGUCGGAGUGGAUCCCCGGUUAUCGUGAUUGUCGUAGCUUUCGCAGCCAUGAUAUUGUUCCCUGGUCUGCCUAG